AUGCCCACACAAUACCCCCGGCCCCCGCAGCGUGAAUCGUGGUUUGCGCCACUCUCCAUUGAUCUCUUCCUCAAGGUCCUCAACACAACACUUCUUCACCCGUUCGUCUGCUGGAUCAUACCGCUAUGCUUCCGUGCGCAGACAGUGAAAUGGGAAGCGCCGCCCAUGGUGGCCUCUAUUGCCUGGGCUACCAUUGUGACGCUAUUCUGGAUGGCCAAUGUGGUCAACCAGCGCAUUGCUCACGGGAUCCCGCGUGAGGUUGAUCUCAGCGAGGAGGUAAUUGUCAUUACUGGAGGCGCAAGUGGAAUGGGCCUGCUCGUUGCUGAGGUUUAUGGCAUGCGCGGCGCGACAGUGGCUGUGCUGGAUGUGAACGAGAUGGAGAAUACUGAGGCGAGAGGCGUCACGUAUUACAAGUGUGAUGUUGGCGACAAGGAUCAGGUUGCAAAGAUUGCGCUCGAGAUCGAAAAGGAUCUCGGCACGCCAACUGUGCUUAUCAACAACGCGGCUAUUGUAAUUGGGAAGACUCUAUUGGAUCUGUCGCUUGAUGAGAUUGACAAGAGUCUUACGACUAACCUCCUCGGACCAUUCUACUGCCUCAAAACUUUCUUACCUGCCAUCAUUCGCGGUGGAAGGGGCGGUACCAUCGUCAACGUCUCCUCUGUCAUUGGCACGGUUGGUGCCGCACAGCUGACCGACUACGCUGCUGCAAAGGCCGGUCUCACAGCCAUGCACCGAUCUCUGACAGCGGAACUACGUGAGAGCCAUCCCGAGAUCCGAACAGUGUUGGUAACACCUGGUCAAGUGAGCACGCCGCUCUUCUAUGGGGUCCAGACACCCAACUCCUUCAUCGCGCCGGUUGUUGAGCCCGUGGAUGUUGCCAAGGAGAUUGUGGCUGCCAUUGAUAGUGGAAAGGGUGCUACAGUUGCUAUGCCAUUAUACGCCCGUUGGGUUGACUGGCUUAACGUGUUGCCUGUGGGAGUGCAAACCAUUGCGCGAUGGGCAGCGGGAGUGGACCGUGGGAUGAAGACGUUUGUGGGGAGAGAGGGACAAAAGCUUGAGUGA